AGUACUGCUUACGGUCGUGCAGCUAAUUGCUGUCUCCACGCCGUAUUCUAUGCUCAAAACAACGCUUGAAACUUUCAGACAUUUGACUGCAGGCUUCUGUACAGUGACCAUGGCAGCUACCGUGUCCGGUUAUAAGCCCGUUACGCAUGUCUUGUUUGAUAUGGACGGUCUGUUGCUUGACACAGAGAGGCUGUACACGGUGUCGUUCGAGGAGAUCUGCGAGCGCUACGGGAAGCGGUACACGUGGGAGGUGAAGGCGUCCGUGAUGGGGAAGAAAGCCGUGGACGCCUGCCGCAUCAUCGCCGAGUCCCUUCAGCUCCCGCUCGCUCCAGAGGAACUGCUUCAGGAGAGCCGAAAGAUUCAGGAGAAGAUCUUCCCCUCCGCCGCCCUCAUGCCCGGUGCACAGAAGCUUGUCACUCACCUGCACUCUCAUGGGGUGCCCAUCGCCGUGGCGACCAGCUCUGCGACGGUGACCUUUGACCUGAAGACUAGCCGCCACAAAGACUUCUUCGGCCUCUUCAGCCACGUUGUCACGGGAGACGACCCCGAGGUCAAGAACGGCAAGCCGCAGCCUGACUCCUUCCUGGUGUGUGCCAGCCGUUUCAACCCUGCGCCCCAACCAGAGCAGUGCCUGGUGUUUGAGGACGCGCUGCACGGCGUGGCGGCUGCUGUCGCUGCUCGUAUGCAGGUCGUGAUGGUCCCGGAUGAACGGAUGGACCGCGCCCUUACCCAGAAUGCAACGCUACUGCUAAACAGCCUGGAGGACUUCCUGCCGGAGCUCUUCGGCCUGCCUGCCUAUGGAACAAGCUCCUGAGUCUUAUACAUACACACACACACACACACACACACACGCACACACACACACACUC